AUGACAAAAAAUGAGGUGGAGAACAAGUGUCUACAAGGAUGUAAAUGAGCUCUUGCAGGAAUUGCAUUUGGUGAUGUCAGCCGGUGGAAAAACAUGUCACUGCUUUAAAUCAGACACCAGAUGAAAAGCUCAGAGGUAAAACUUUAAUGACUCCCAGCCUUGCAUGUUUCCAGCGUCCUCUUGUUUUCCCUUUCUCUCUAUAAUGAGCGCAGCCAAUCACCGAUCUGGAUUCUUGCCACCUUUGAGGACUUGAUAACAAGGCUGUCUGGUCAGUGAUGCGGCAAAGAGAGACGACACCACUUCGCUCCAAGAGUCACAUCUCUGCCUGCUUCUGUGUGAUCGAGCUUGCUUUCAAUAAUGGUUGAUAACUCUGUCAGCCUCUUGAUCUUAAGAGUCUUCAUUUCUUGCGUAGGACUUGUGGGUAAUGUAUUUCUCAUCCUCGCCAUCGUUCAGACCAAGUUCUCCCGAGUCAAAUCCUAUGAGUUGUUUCUCUUGGGACUAGCUGCAGCCAACUUGGAGGAAAUUCUCAUCGUGAACAUCUACGAUAUCAUCAUCCUCCAGACUUCCUCUGCCAGCCUCGACACUUGGUCUUGCCGCACGCUCAAGUUCCUGACGGUCUUCGGUGAGAUCACCAGCAUCCUCUUCACCGUCCUCAUCAGCAUCUUCCGCCAGCAGAAGCUGAGAGACGCCAGCAAGAGGGCCAACCUCCCAAUCUAUCUGGACAGCAUCAGGUCAGCCUGGAUGGUGAGCGGGGUCUGCGUGGCGCUCGCCACGCUGCUGAGUUUCCCCGUUUUUCUCAUGAACCAUCAAGGCCCAGCGGGGAACAUCACGACGAACAGCAACGGCUGCCCUCCGGACUUCUUUGAGUGCGGUGAAAGUUACUGCCCCAUAGUCAACCGCGUUUACAAAUACCUGUUCAUCCUGGUGUGCAACGUGCUGCCUCUCACUAUCGUCACGGUCACCAGCUGCCUCGUCAUCACGGUGCUGCUGAACCAGAGGAAGACGGUGACGCCGGUGGUGAGCGUGAGCGGGUCGAGGCAGUUCGACAGGAAGAGCAAAGGUCUGAGGCUCCAGCGAAGCACGAUAGCGGUGCUGGCAGCUAUGGGGUUGUUCCAGGUGGACUGGACUCUCUACCUGAUCUUCCAGCUGACUGUUAGCCCCGACAAAUUUCCUUUUUGGGCGGAAGCUGAGUUCUUUAUCUCGACCUCCUACACAUCCAUCAGUCCGUACGUGUACGGGAUAGGGAAUAACCUGUUCUCCCUCAAGACCUUUAGAAAGAAGUGAAGCUUUUCUUCUGGCCAGACGUGUGUUUUUGACAUUGGAAUGAGCUCUCCUGUUUUUAGUGAUAGAAUAUAAAAAUGCUAUUUUAUAAUUACAUGUUAUAAACUGACAGUGAUAUUAUGUUACUAAACUCACUGAGUUAGUUCAGGGAAAGACAUCUUUAGGAACUUCACCUUGCUAAGGUUUUGCUUUUGUACCUUUCAUCAGUAAACAGAUUAAAACUUUGUGUUGCAAUUUUAAACCUUCUAAUUUGAAAUUUAAAAGUUCCUUUGGUUUAAGUUUUGUUUUUGCUAUUUG